UAAAAAGUUCUUAUUUUGUCUAUAACCUAUCGUUGCAAUCGUAGAACUAUAGAAAUAUACAAAAAUGAAUAUAAACAUAUAAAAAAAUCGAGAAUAUUUUAACUUAAUAAUAUUUAAAUGAAUAUUAUGAAAAAAUUAAGUAUUGUGUAUUCUUCAAUGUUUCCWUUUAUAAAAUACAAAAAAGUUCUAUCACUCAUAGAACAUAAAAUAUUGAAUGUAUAAGAGAGGUUAGGUUAAACUUGAUUAUGGCUGAAGGAAAGGAGGACUUUGAUGUUAAUGAAGUUUUUGAAAAAUUAUUAUUUGCUGAAGAUAAAGCACAAGAAUCUGCUUAUGCGGAUGGAUAUCAAACUGGAAAAAAUAGAUUAUUACAAGGAUAUCAUUUAGGAUAUCAUAGAGCAACUAUAGUUGCUGCACAAUUAGCUAAAUUAAAACGUGGUGUACAUCCARAAAUGAACUUUCUUGAUUUUUAAAAUCAAUUUUAUWUUGGAUUGUAUUAAAAAUUAUUUUACAAGAUGAUUCAUUAUGAGGAACAUUUUUCUAAAAUAAUCGAUUUUUUGAAUUUAUAUCAGCAAUUAAUUGAUUGUCAUUUAGUUGACUUUAUCAGUCAUAAAUUGUGGGAUAAAUGUUUACCAGAAUUAUUAAAAUUAGAAUUGGAAAACAUUGAAACGACUAACGAUAUUUGGAAAGAAAAUGAAAACGUUAGUCGAUUAAAUGAAUUUAUACGAAUGACUAAAUCAUUGUCUUUGCAAUCAUGUCCAAUGAUAUUGAAUUAUAAAGAUAUUCCAGAAUGUUUAAAUUUAAAUUUAAAUCUGGAUAAUCAAGAAUUGAAUAUUGAAACAAAUAACAAAGAUGUUGGAUUUAUGAGUGAAAAAAAAUGUCACGAAGUGGAAACACUUGGUCGUGUAAUUGGACAAAUAGCAAAAUCAACUGAAAGUUUGGUAAUAGAUGCAGGUGCUGGAAAAGCUUAUUUGUCUGCAUAUUUAUCGGAUAAUUACAAAUUACCUGUACUUGCAAUUGAUUCGUCAGAUCUUUGUCACAGAGGAGCCGUUCAUCGAACAGAAAAAAUGAAGAAAGUGGGAAAACAAAGUUCAACUUCGGUUAAAUAUAUAGUUGCAAAAAUUGAUGACAACACGGAUUACAAUAAAAUGGUUCAUUUAAAUUUUCCAAAUUGGAAUUUAAAUAAUAAUUUAAUAUUAACCGGACUGCAUACGUGCGGAUCUUUAGCUCAUUCUAUUAUAAAUGUCUUCCUGCAUAAUAGUCAUUUUAAAAUUAUAUGUUUUGUACCUUGUUGUUAUCAUUUAGUCAACGAAUCGUUUAGCAAAAGAAUAACAUUUUCACGGAAUGCCAGAAUGUUGGCGCAACAGUGUAUAGAAAGAACUAAAAAAACCAAAUCUUUAUCACCAACGUUGUUUUACAGAGCAUUGUUACAAGUACUUUUACAUUCUAUGGGUAUAGAUAAUGUUAAAAUAGGACGUGGAGGACCAUUAAAUGAUUUUCCAACUUAUGCCAAUUGGGCAUUACUUAAAAUUGGAGUUGAUAGAAAAAAGAUACCAUCAAAUGAAAUCUUAGAACAACUUUAUCAAUCUCAUAUAAAUUUAAAGUUAAAAUUGAACCUCUUUCAAAUGUUGCGAAUAUAUAUCAGUCCAGUAUUGGAAGCAGCAAUUAUAUUAGAUAGAAUAGUAUAUUUGCAAAAUAGCAUGAGAUGUUCAAAGUCUUUUAUUUUACGAUUGUUUAAUCCUGUUUUAUCGCCAAGACAAUAUGCAAUAGUUUCUAUCAGGAACUAAAAUUCCUGUUGGUCGUAAACCAUUUUUUGAUCUACAUACACUACAAUUACA